AACCCCUGGCACCAGGCUGUUUUAGUUUCUGCCUCAAAAAUAAAGGUAGAAAAAGACAACGAAUUUUCUACAAAAUGUUUUCUAUCAAUUUUUAGAAUCUCCAUCGGCUCACUAACCUUAAUUAAGAGUCUCUUUGUUACUUUGGUCAAGUUCCACCGUGCCAAAGUGAUCACGUUAAAAAUAUGAAUUUUUAAAUUAACUAAGGAGGUAACGAUGACAGCAUGGCCGGGACCUUCGAUUUUUCAGAGAGGUAAAUUUCCAUAGUAGUGUUAAUAACUGUCACUAACACGUCGUUUUAAACGUUUUUAUUUCUUUUGUAGCAAUUAAAAGGCACUGCGUGACGCAUUCAAUUAAAUAUGAAUCCAAAGUUCUGGCUCUCAAUUGCGUUCCUGAUGUCCCGGAUUGGUGUAUUUCAAGCUGCUGGCCAGUGUCAACCGGCAGCGGAAUACUCCAUUAGAGGAAUGUUCCUCAGAGGCCACACCUUUAAAACGUACAAGAUUGAAUGGCAUGAAAGCUGCUAUUUCAGGUGUGCCGAAGAAGUCACCUGUCAAAGCUACAAUUUCGUUAUUGGUCAAAACCUCUGCGAACUGAACAAUAGAACCAAAGAAGCAAGACCUGAAGAUUUCAAGCCGGAUCAGACAAGGUUCUACAUGAAACUGGCAAAAAACAGAGUCCGUCUUGGCUCCAUUCAAGAGCUUCCUGCUGAAUCGUGCAGUGAGAUCAAGGCCAGUGAAGGAAAUGAGAUGGUUAACGGGGAUUACUGGAUAUACUCUGAUGGGAAUGGUCAGACAAUCCUGGCUCGGUGUGAAGAGAACUGGCAGAAGAUAAACACAGAUCCUGUUUGCUUUGGAGCACGAGAUGACGAGUAUGGUGCCUUUAAAAUCACAAAGAGUAGACUCAAGACAAUGAAGCUCGUCCACAAGUCUGGUUCAGUCAAAUGCAAAUCUUCCUAAUGAGGUGUCGGUGUCAUGCAAUCAGGAAUUGCAGAUAUGGUACGGACAGGAUUGGAUCGAUUGGAGUGAAUACAACAAC